CAUCUCUAAUUUGUUCAACUUUCUCUCUCUACUCCUCCUUCAACGUCCUGUGCAAACUGUUAGCUCGAUCGCUGCCGUAAUCGCCAUUAACACCGGCAUUGCCCACCUAUUUUGUAAUUGUAAUCUCCCACAUCAACCGAGCUACCUCAUUUUCACUGCCGAUACCAUCGUUGAUUGCAGUCCCAUUCUGCAGCUGAACAAGAAAAUCGAAAAGAGUCACGCCAUUGCAGAGUAGCGCUUGUAAACCCAAAGGGACUGAAUAGUACUGAUGCUAGGCCAGUGCCAUUUUAUCAUUGGCACAAUUGCAGCUGCCACAACUAUUGAAGUCUAGCAACUCUAAAUCGCAUAGAAAGCCACAACAACUGAUGUUGGAGGCUGUACAUGAAAUUGCCAUUUAUGUUCAUCGAUUUCACAAUCUGGAUCUAUUCCAGCAGGGAUGGUACCAAAUAAAGAUUAGGACAAAAUGGGAAGAUGGUGAUUAUGGAGCUCCAUCAAGAGUUUUUCAGUAUGAAGCUCCUGAGUUGGGUUCUGAAUAUGUUUGUGGAAUGUGGAGGAUUGAUGAAACUGACCUCAGUUUCUUCACACAAGCUUUCCGAAUCAAAUAUGCAAGGCAGGAUAUCUUUCUUUCAUUGAUGGUGUGUUUCAACUUACCCAUCACCAGAAAUGAGGGUCCAUCUUCAUCAGCUGUUAUUCUGAAAUUUGAGCUUUUACAUGCCCCUGUUUUGGAGAAUGGGUUUAAUUUGCAGGACUCAUUUGACUCGUGUCCUGCUGCAGUUCAUGAAUUUCGGCUUCCUCCUGAGGUUCUUUUGGGACUGCAUUCUUAUUGCCCAGUUCAUUUUGAUUCUUUCCAUGCUGUGCUUGUUGAUAUAAGCAUACACAUCAGCCUGUUGCAAGGCAGUGUUGACACCUCAGAAGAAGUACCAAGUGAUUCUUUCAUUGAAGAUGUUACUAGUGAAGACCACGAUGAGUCUAAGAAAGUACUGCUUGUGAAAGGGUUCUUGACUGCACGUGACAUACUUCUUGAAGAACUACAAAAUAUCAGCAAGGCUAUUAAUCAAGAUCUUGAUAUGAAUGAUUUUCCUUCUAUGCUUGAGGAUAAUGAAUCAUUCAGUUUCUGUCCUAGUGCAGCAGAUAAUGUUGAAAGUUCAGUAGAAGUGCCUAUCAACAUUCAGAAUGUUUCUGAGAAAUGGUUGGGUGUAUCCAAGUUUCAAAAUGAAGAAGUUUUGAAUUCUCUAUCUAAGGAUGAGCUACUUUCUCUGUUGCAUUCCUUUGGGAGCCAAGUAGUUUACUUAUGGGGUAUAUUUCAGAAGUUUCACAGGGAUCACAAAGCAUCAAUUCUGGAUUUUCUUAGAGAACAAUGGGCUGUUGGUCGAAGAUCUGAAUGGUCAAUAUGGAUGGUUUAUUCUGAAGCUCUGAUGCCUCACCAAUAUAUAAGUAGUGAGGUUGACAGUUCUUCCCACCACAAUACCUGUGGGGGAGCACCUGCUCUGCAAAAGCUAACUGAUGAUCCUAUCGAGACUGCUACAAAACGUGCUGAGCUUCACAGGCAGAGUAUUUCACAAAUGAAGAUGACUAGUUGUGCUAUUCAAGACAUGCAAAUAUUUGGAGAUCCAUUACGCACUCCAAUUGUAAUUGUAGAGCGUGUUCGGAUUGCACCAUUUCUCUCAAGCAAUCAGGAUCAUAAAGAUACAGAUAUCAAGCUUGCUGGGAUUGGCUCCAAACCAAUUAAGAAGUUUGACAGCCUUCGACGAAAUAGUCGUGUUCUAAAAGUUGUUGUGUUUGUCCAUGGAUUUCAGGGGCAUCAUUUAGACUUGCGGCUUGUAAGAAAUCAGUGGCUUUUGAUAGAACCUAAGAUACACUUUCUUAUGUCAGAGUCUAAUGAAGAGAAAACUUCCGGUGACUUCAGGGAAAUGGGAUUAAGACUGGCUCAAGAAGUAACUUCUUACAUAAAAAAGAGGAUGGACAAGGUGACAAGAUCUGGAAAUAUAGAAAGCAUUAAGCUUAGCUUUGUUGGGCAUUCCCUCGGAAAUGUCAUAAUAAGAGCUGCGUUGACUGGUUUGUUCCACAUAAUUUUGGAUGUUUCCUUCAAUCAACUCCAAAUAUUACUAAUUCUUUUUGCUACUUUUACAGAGAGCAUUAUGGAACCAUAUCUCAAAUAUCUGUAUACAUAUGUUUCUGUUUCUGGCCCACAUCUUGGUUAUCUGUACAGUUCGAAUUCUUUGUUCAAUUCUGGGUUGUGGGUUUUGAAGAAGCUCAGAGGCACACCGUGUAUCCAUCAGCUUACCUUUUCAGAUGAUCCUGAUAUUGAAAAUACAUUCCUGUACAAGCUAUGCAAGCAAAAGACCUUGGAGAACUUUAGGAAUAUUAUUCUGUUAUCUUCUCCCCAGGACGGUUAUGUUCCAUAUCAUUCUGCUAGGAUUGAGAUGUGCCAAGCAUCUUCAAUGGACCAAACGAGGAAGGGAAUACUAUUUAUGGAUAUGCUCAAUAAUUGCCUGGAGCAGAUGUAUACUUCAUCAUCUGAGCUUCGGGUAAUCAUGCGAUGCGAUGUUAAUUUUGAUAUGUCAUUGCAAGGGAGGAGCUUGGAUACUGUGAUAGGAAGGGCUGCUCAUAUUGAGUUCCUGGAUUCAGACACAUUUGCCAGACUUAUAAUGUGGUCCUUCCCUGACAUGUUCCGUUGAAUGCUCCUCCUCGAUCACCUCAAAUUAUGCCAUCCUGAAUUCGAUGCUCGAGAGAGAGCCUGCCUUUUUAGUAAAGUUGGGGGGGCGAGAAUUCUUCGUCUUUCAAAGGCUUGAUGAUUUACUGCAAAUCAGCAAGAUGACAGCCAAAUUGGCGCUCGCGGAUUGAACUUCCAGGUUUACUCUUACUCUUACGCUGCUUGUACCUUAACAUCAUCGAAUGGCAAAUCCUUUAUAAGAAUCAAUGUUGGGAAAUAAUGUAUACAUAAUAGUUUUGUGCAUUUCUGAUAUGGUAUGGGUAAAGUAUAUGAAGAUUGUGCAGCUCUC